AUGUGGCCCAUACUGGUUCCAGUUUUGCUGCUCUUCAACGAGACAAGUUGGCUCAACCCAAUCCUGGCCAGCAUCUACAAGGAUAGGCAUCAUGAAACGGUCCUUCUGCUCCAGCACAGCCAGCAUGUCGAUGCAUCUGGCUUGGAGAGAUUUCCCUGGCCGGUUUUCAGUUUCAACGAACAGAUGGACUUCUAUGUGCGGGAAAACUACAACAGUGAAAUGCUCGUCCUUAUCUGGCAAACCGGAAAUUCGGACUGGGACUUGGAUUUGUGGCAGGCUCUCGACCGGAGUCUACUGAAUAUGAGGAAGGUGAGGGUGUUGCUAUUGAGGAAAUGGGAGAAAAUCCCAACGGCUGACGUUGCCGCUGCCGCUGAGCACCUGCUUUUCCUUCACGUCGCCGUAAUUGGACAGGGAAAUAGGAUAUAUCGACUGCAGCCCUACGCUCCCCAAAGUUGGCUGCAAGUGGAUCCCAUCGAAUCACCCAUCUUCAUCAAGGUUCGAAACUAUUUUGGCAGAUAUAUAGUAACUCUGCCGGAUCAAUUUCCACCCCGUUCGAUUGUAUAUCGCAAUCCGAAGACAGGUGAACUACAAAUGACGGGCUAUGUAUACAAAUUUCUACUGGAAUUUAUUCGUAUUUACAACUUUACGUUUCGCUGGCAAAGACCCAUUGUACAAGGUGAGCGAAUGAAUCUGAUUCUUUUGCGGAAUAUGACCCUCAACGGCACCAUUAACUUGGCUAUAAGCCUCUGUGGCUUUGAGGCACCCAGUGAGUUGGGUGUUUUCUCGCAUGUAUACGAUAUGGAAGACUGGUACAUAAUGGUUCCGCGGGCCCAGGAAAUUUCCAUCGCCGAUGUGUAUGUGGUGAUGGUUGGCGGAAAAUUCCUAAUCGUUUUGAUCAUCUUCUACUUCAUUUUCACCAUUUUGGACACUUGUUUUGGACCUGUAUUGCUGAAGGAGCGUGUGGAUUGGUCGAAUCUGCUGCUAAAUGAACGUAUGAUAUCGGGAAUUAUGGGACAGUCAUUCAACAUGAGGGCGAGGAAUACUAUUAGUUCCAAGGUCACCAAUGCUACACUUUUUCUACUAGGAUUGGUUCUGAGUACCUUAUAUGCAGCUCAUCUUAAAACGCUUCUAACCAAGCGACCUACAUCGCAACAGAUCUCCAACUUUAAGCAGCUUCGGGAUUCCCCGGUUACCGUGUUUUUUGAAGAAGCCGAACGUUUUUACCUAAAAAACGCAUGGGACCGACCCAUUCGCUACAUCAAGGAUCAGUUGCAUUUCAGAGAAACCGUGGAAUAUAAUGCACUGAGAAGCGGCUUGAACAGAUCGAAUGCCUUCUCCGCUCUGACAUCCGAAUGGCUGAUUGUGGCCAAGAGACAGGAGCUCUUCAAGCAACCGAUUUUCACGGUUCAGCCGGAGUUACGGGUCAUCCAGACCAGUGUCCUACUAUCGCUGGUCAUGCAAUCGAACUCCAUAUACGAGGAUCAUAUCAACGAUCUGAUCCAUCGGGUUCAGAGUGCCGGUAUCGUGGAAUAUUGGAAGCAACAAACCCUGCGCGAAAUGAUCACCAUGGGCAUGAUCUCCCAAAAGGAUCCAUUUCCAUAUGUUGCUUUCCGAGAAUUCAAAGUUGGCGACCUACUUUGGAUUUGGAUCUUGUGGGCCAGUUUUUUGUUCAUGUCCUCCGUCAUAUUUCUGUGUGAACUUUUGGUUAAUUGCUUUAUUAGCAAACCCUAA